UUUCUUCUUUCUUUUUUUUUUUUUGCGUUAACGGCUCGACCGUAAGAUUCGCCCUCGCCAGUUCGCGGCCGUUAAAUCCGGGCCAUCCGAGAGCUCAAUCCGACGCGCCGCCUCCUGGACACCCACACCCAACCAUUUCCUUGGGCCGGAGGCCCUGGCCGGACCCGACACUGCCUACCUUUCAACCCCAGGCCGCAGUCUUGCUCGCUAUCACCGAGAAUCUCGGGGUAGCCGACAAUGACCAGCGGCGAGAAAGUGGUGUCGAAACGGAGCGCAAGACACUACGUCGAAUACGACAUGGAGGAGCAAAUAGAGGACUGCCACGAAAAGCGAUUGGUAAGGACCGAGGAGACGAGAUCCAAUGGGCGCGACAGGCAAAGCCCGACCUCGACCUCGACUGCCGCGCAGAGCAGUCAAUCCAGCCUCGAGCCGUCGCCAGUCAUUCACCCAGAAAACCUCCAAUUAGAAGCCGAUACCUUGGAUUCGGCGCUUCCAGGGAGAGACAACGUCGGGUUUCGAGAUGCUUUCCAUCCGCCAACCGGGCAGCAGCAGUUUCCUUACUCCAUACAUGAGCUCGAAAAGAGCCUCCCCACCGAAAGCCGACCGGCCAAUUUCGGCAUCGUCGUGCCCGGCGUCUAUCGGAGUAGCUUCCCGCAGUCCGAGGACUACGCAUUCAUCGAGGGCCUCAAGUUGAAGACCAUCGUCACGCUGGUGCAGAAGGAGUCUCCUCAAGGCUACGACGACUUCCUCCACAGGAACGGAAUCAAGCAUGCUGUGUUCGACAUGAAGGGCACGAAAAAAGAAGCCAUUCCAGUUGCGACGAUGAAGUCGAUCCUGCGCAUCGUGUUAGAUCGCCGAAACCACCCUUUGCUCAUCCACUGCAACCAUGGCAAGGUCAGUGCCGGCGUCCCCUGACCCGUACCGGUGCACCCGGCCGUCCUUGACUGACCUCCGCUCAGCACCGCACGGGUUGCGUGAUUGGCAUCAUUCGCAAGCUCUCGGGGUGGCACCUCA